AUGUUGUUAUCAACAGCGACGCAUAGAAAAUAUGCGUAUACUCUGCUGGCAGCUGUUGUGAUUGUCGUGCUUUUGGCCGGCAAUUACGCAUAUAACGGCCAUAUAAGUCCAAACACCGCACCCAAAGAACCGGAGCCGACCAGCGCUACCACAUUAAAAACAGAAGCAUUCCCUCACAAAAUCUGGCAGAGCUGGAAAGAUGACUCGGAGGAUCCCACUGAGCGAACAGUCGGCUUCCCUCAUCAAUGGCGUGUCGUCAAUCCUGGUUGGCGGUAUGAGCGCAUAACCGACGCCAACAACGACGCUUACGUUCUUGAUCGCUUCGAUGCAGACAUCUCGGAUGUAUUUACAAGCCUGAAAGACCCUAUCUUGAAAGCCGAUUUCUUGAGAUACCUCAUCCUGCUGCGCGAAGGUGGUGUAUGGGCAGAUAUCGACGUUUAUCCACACCAGCCUGUCUCAAAAUGGAUACCCAAGCAAUAUCAAGGCUCAGUAAAUCUGGUCAUCGGGAUAGAAAACGAUCAUCACAAAAAGCCAAUCUGGCCUGGUUCUCCGUAUUCUGUACAGCUAUGUCAAUACUCGGUAUUGGCAAAGCCAAACCAUCCGGCCAUAAAAACGGUUGUUGAGCAAGUGGCGGGGGAUCUCAAGACGCUCCUUGCGUCCAAGAAACUCGGGGAAGGAGUUUCAUUUGAAGAGGUCAUGAGUACGACUGGACCAUUCGCUUUUACAAAAGUUCUUAUGGGCUACUUCAAAGAAAUGACAGGCACGGAGCAUACUGGUGAUGAACUAGACAGUCUUUCGGAACCCCGACUGAUUGGAGAUGUGCUCGUCUUACCGAAGGACAGUUUCGGGUGGUUGCCACAUGAAAAUACUCAUGAGAAGGGAGAACCAAGUAUCCUCGUCGAGCAUCUUUUCAUCGGAUCAUGGCGAGAUAGUCAUCAUGGUUGA